GAAUGCUCUGGACCUUGGCAAAGGUUCCCAUGAAUCAGCUGAGUAGAAGCCGGCUUGCAAGACGUUAGGUACACUUGAUGCCCAUUGAUGUCAGUUGAGUGUAGUAAGCGACACACAUUGGCGAGCGAUGAUUCCUGAUGCGCAAAAACCCGACGAGUCCACUUGGGACCGAUUGGAACAGGUGGUGAAGGAAACACGCAACUUCCUGACGGACUAUGACGAUAUUCUGCUGCACAAAGAUCUGUACCGCAGUCUGUUUUUGUAUCACCUUCACAGUCUGCGAGAUGAGGUGGUGUUACUGUUGAAAAAGUUCACGACACUGCCAAACGAUGCUUCUGCGGGAAAGGAAAUCGAAUGCUGUGGGGAAAUGUACAGUGAUAAGGAUGCUUUCCGGCGUCACUCCGAAGAGGUCCACAAUAAAAAAGUGCUGCAAUCGGCGUCGCUUUGUGAAUUGAAGAUGUCUUUGACGAAGAUUGAGUUUUUGGAGCGGCACUUGAAAAACUAUCUGACCGUUGGGCAGGAAUCGAGCUGUGAGUUGCUGCUGAAUUUACGGCGGAUACUGAGACGCCUGGACGCAACGCUAGAGUUUUGAAAUAUAUGCCUGUUUGGUUAAGAGUGUCGUAAAACUUAACAGCAAAACUUAUGCAUCCAAGAAAUGGGUGUUUUUCUUAUAACUAUACCGUUUCGAACAUUUGCUUCGUCAACUACUUAAUAACGAAUUAUGGAAAUAAUUCUCCGAAGAAUUUUUGUAAGAUAGAAGCAUAACCCGUUGUUUGCCUUCAUGCCGGUUUUCAAAAAAUUAUCCAAACUUCUGCGAAAGACUACCAUCCGGAGAAGGGCUGCUUUCAUCUGUUAGAAAAGAAUAAAUCGUUCAAGGAUUAAGAA